AUGAGUCCAAUAAACUGGUUACUGCUAGUCCUUGCUGUGGCUCCCCAAAUAUUUGCCGAAGGGGUUCCCGACUGUUCGCUCUUGCGUGAUAAUGAAAUCGUACCAGACUGUUAUAAUUGUCAGCGUUAUUACAUCUGUAAAAGGGGUAGAGCCGUGUCUCAUAAAUGCCGACGAGGAUUAAAUUUUGAUUCUAAAACGAACGCCUGCACAUCUCCUGAACUUGCAAAAUGUUAUGUGACUCGGGAGCAAAAACCCGAUCCGUAUGACGAGUAUUAUUCAGCUGAAAUCUAUGAACCAUCUUGUGAAACAACACCAUCACCAUGUGAAACAACAACACCCCCCUGUGAAACAACAAUCCCACCCUGUAAAACAACAGCUCCACCAUGUAAAACAACAACACCACCAUGUGAAACAACAACCCCACCUUGUAAAACAACAAGACCACCAUGUGAAACAACAACCCCCCACUGUGAAAUAACCACACCAUGUCCUUGUAAAACAGCAGCACCAACCACCACAACCUGUAAGACAACAACCCCACCUUGUAAAACAACAACAUCCCCCUGUGAAACAACAACCCCUCCCUGUAAAACAACAACACCACCAUGUGAAACAACAACCCCAUGUCCUUGUAAAAUAGUUACACCAUCCACUACAAGCUGUGAAAAAACUACCAAGUCAACAACAACUAAGGGACAAACGACUAUUGAGAAAACCACAACCUGUGAAACAACAACAAAGAUAACUACCAAGUCAACAACAACUAAGGCACCAACGACUACUGCGACAACUACAACCGGUGAAACAACAACAAAGAUAACUACCAAGUCAACAACAACUAAGGCACCAACGACUACUGCGACAACUACAACAAAGGCAACUACUACGAAGACACCAACGACUACUGAGACAACUACAACCUGUGAAACAACAACUCCACCAUGUAAAACAACAACACCACCAUGUGAAACAACAACAAAGAUAACUACCAAGUCAACAACAACUAAGGCACCAACUACAACAAAGACAACUACUACGAAGACACCAACGACUACUGAGACAACUACAACCUGUGAAACAACAACUCCACCAUGUAAAACAACAACACUACCAUGUGAAACAACAACAAAGAUAACUACCAAGUCAACAACAACUAAGGCACCAACAACUACUGCGACAACUACAACCGGUGAAACAACAACAAAGAUAACUACCAAGUCAACAACAACUAAGGCACCAACGACUACUGCGACAACUACAACAAAGGCAACUACUACGAAGACACCAACGACUACUGAGACAACUACAACCUGUGAAACAACAACUCCACCAUGUAAAACAACAACACCACCAUGUGAAACAACAACAAAGAUAACUACCAAGUCAACAACAACUAAGGCACCAACUACAACAAAGACAACAACUACAAAGACACCAACGACUACUGAGACAACUACAACCUGUGAAACAACAACAAAGACAACUACCAAGUCAACAACAACUAAGGCACCAACAACUACUGCGACAACUACAACCGGUGAAACAACAACAAAGAUAACUACCAAGUCAACAACAACUAAGGCACCAACGACUACUGCGACAACUACAACAAAGGCAACUACUACGAAGGCACCAACGACUACUGAGACAACUACAACCUGUGAAACAACAACUCCACCAUGUAAAACAACAACACCACCAUGUGAAACAACAACAAAGAUAACUACCAAGUCAACAACAACUAAGGCACCAACUACAACAAAGACAACAACUACGAAGACACCAACGACUACUGAGACAACUACAACCUGUGAAACAACAACUCCACCAUGUAAAACAACAACACCACCAUGUGAAACAACAACAAAGAUAACUACCAAGUCAACAACAACUAAGGCACCAACUACAACAAAGACAACUACUACGAAGACACCAACGACUACUGAGACAACUACAACCUGUGAAACAACAACUCCACCAUGUAAAACAACAACACCACCAUGUGAAACAACAACCCCACCUUGUAAAACACCAAGACCACCAUGUGAAACAACAACACAUCCCUGUGAAAUAACCACACCAUGUCCUUGUAAAACAGCAGCACCAACCACUACAAGCUGUAAAACAACAACCCCACCAUGUGAAACAACAACACCCCCCUGUGAAACAACAACACCACCCUGUGAAAUAACCACACCAUGUCCUUGUAAAACAGCAGCUCCAACCACUACAAGCUGUAAAACAACAACCCCACCAUGUGAAACAACAGCCCCACCCUGUAAAACAACAAGACCACCAUGUGAAACAACAACACACCCCUGUGAAAUAACCACACCAUGUCCUUGUAAAACAACAGCACCAACCAUUACAAGCUGUAAAACAACAACCCCUCCCUGUAAACCAACAACACCACCAUGUAAAACAACAACACCACCAUGUGAAACAACAGCUCCACCAUGUAAAACAACAACACCCCCAUGUGAAACAACAACCCCACCCUGUAAAACAACAACACCACCAUGUGAAACAACAGCUCCACCAUGUAAAACAACAACACCCCCAUGUGAAACAACAACCCCACCCUGUAAAACAACAAAACCACCAUGUAAAACAACAACCCCACCCUGUAAAACAACAUCCUGUCCCUGUGAAACAACAACCUCACCUUGUCCAGAAGUGUUGACUGAUUACGACUAUAACAACAUUUUGACAUUUUUCAAUGCUAUUGAUUAUAGCAGCAACAACGUGCCUUUGGGUGGCAAGAAAGCAUUGCCUGCGCCAACACACACUAAUAUACGCACCCGUUCGCUUAAAUGCCUUUAA